GUCGUCCUCAUUUCCCCUGAAGGAUUCAGAGUCUAUUAUGCCAUCCGCUUCAACUUCAAGGUAUCCAACAACGAAGACGAGUAUGAGGCCCUCCUCAGCGGCCUCAGACUCGCCGCCGGCCUCAAAGUGCGACACAUCAAAAUAAAGUGCGACUCCAAGCUAGUCGUGGGCCAGGUCGAGGGCUCAUACGAGGCCAAGGAAGGGACGCUGAGACAGUUCAAGCAGGUGGCCGAGGAGCUGCUCAAGGCAUUUGAAACCCAUGAGAUCACUCAGAUCCCAAGGGCGGAGAAUGCUGAAGCCGACAUCCUCUCCAAGCUCAGCACUGAUGAUACGCUUGUAAUUUCCAUUUGUAUGUUUGUGUUUUUAAUUAGUUUUGAUUGAUUUUUACUUUGGAAAUUACACAUUUUUGGUGUAAUAGUUUAGUUUGUUAAAUUCUUGUAAAUUGUUUAGAUUAGGUUUAUUCUGAGCUCAAACAGGUCUUGAUCAACUCAAAGGACAGUUGGUGAAACCCAAAAGUGGAAGGAAGGUGCAAAAAAUCAAAAGAAAGAAGAUCCUGAUUUUGUGGUCUAUACCCGGUCGAGUAUGACCUAUACUCGAUCGGGUAUCUUGUUGAAAUCUCAAAUCGGAUCAGAUCCGAAAACAAAGGAUCAUGCAGAGAAGAUUCGGACCACGAUCGAAUGUCCAUACCCGAUCGGGUACACCGACACACCCGAUCGGGUAUCUCUUCAAAUACAAACCCGAACUCGGUCGAGUAUGCCCCGGAUCUGAAGUUAUAAGCAUACUCGACCGGGUACAAAGGUAUACUCGAUCGGGUAUGCUUAUGAAAUUUCCCCUUUGAUCGAUCGAGUAUACCUCGAAUUUGAGGUAUUACACAUACCCGAUCGGGUAACUUGUAUAUACCCGAUCGGGUACCCGAGUUGCAUCUCAAAAAUCUAUAAAUACACCCCCUUUCCUUCACAAUUAGAUAUCCAAUUCCUUUAUACAUCUUAGCUCAGUCUAGAAUAGUUCUUUCUUUAUAUUUUCUUCAUGUUUAGUCUCCAAAUGAGGAGCUAAACUCUUCCAUCUUGGUUUUGCUAUUUUGAAGCUUAAUGAUUUGUAAGUUGUGAGUUAUUUUCUUUAAUCUUCUUCCUUGAAUUUUAAUUCUUUCCUAUUCAUAUUCCAUAUUAAUAUUUUGAGCAUUACUUAAAGUAUCAACUAGUUUUGUUUCUUAUAUUAAUUAUUACUAGAAUCAAUCGGUUAAUACGCUUGUUAUUAAUCCGGUUCUUUCAACAGUAGUAAACUUGGAUUAUUAAUGCAUGCAUCUCAUGGUUAAUAUGCCAAGGGAAAUCAACUAUAUUGAUUAAACCAAUAAACCACUUGUGUUGGGGUUAUCAAUCUCAAUCGUUUUCAUCUUAAGUUUAUUGCUACUAUCAAGUUAAUAUACGGCGCUUGUUCUAUAUUGACUCGAUAGUAAGUUUUAUUAAUGAACGCAUCUCGUUAUUAAUAACUACCCUCGAUGAACUAGAUAUACUCCUCGAUUGAGUAUUCGAGAGGAAGAUAGUUAAAGAUAUAAUCGGGAUCGACGAACAUUUCAUUAAGUGGAUAAAAGCAAAACCAAGUCCUCAUCUCUAUUAAUUAAACCACAUAAGUUGUUCAUCUUAGUGUUAAUUAAAUUAAAUUAAAUCAAACUCAACCCCCCCUGUUACUCAUUAUAUAAAAGAAAAGUAUUCUUUUCCCUGUGGACAAAGAUGAUCGGGGAAGCAAAAUUUAGCUCCUCCCAACUGUAUAUUAGUCAUGUCCAACAUCCCGUCCUCCGAUUAUUCUUGAAAUUUCUUGCCAAUUGCUUGCUUGGACGUCCCAACAACCAUCACACUAGGAUGUGGGAUGUAUGCUUGAUGUCUGUAGCCCUAUUCCGUGUUCAUGUGGACUUUAAUAUGUGCAAUCUUAUGUGGGCACAUCUGAAAAAGGAAAGUGCAGCCAAGGGGACUAUUGUUGUGGGUGGGGUGAUUAUGCACUUAGCCACCAAGUUCGGGUAUACGGAUAACUCUCCUAUACCCGACUAUUGUUUGAUGAACAUCUCUUGGUUAGGCCAUUCGGGAUGCACAGCCUUUUCCCAUACAGUUUAUGGUGGUGAACGACCAAAAAACAUAUAUAACUGGCUCAUACACCCCAAGCCUCUCAAAUACUUCUUCCUACCUAACCAAGAACUUCCCAAACUGCGCUACAAAGAAGCGGUAGAGGUGCCCCAUUACCUAUUCCCACACGCCCUUCCACCGCAUCUCCAAGAACCGGAACAAGAACCUCACCAAUACCAACCCGAGUACGAGCCUUAUGCUGAACCCCAUGGCCAUGGACGCUGACAUUCCCGAGCAAACUCAAAACCCUCCACCACCCAACUUCUUCCAACAACUUUUGGAGGGUCAACAACAACUGCUUGCGAGGUACAAUCAAAUGAACACAAACUACAUGGCCAUGGGAGAACGGCUCGACCAAAUGCAGGAGGAGCAAAUGGUGGGUUUUCAACUGUUGGAGGAGCUCCGGGAAGCCGACAGGAAUCGGUAUGAAGAAGAUCAAUGUAGGUUCUACGGACCUAUGUACUCUUACAUGGCCCAGCAGGGAUCUUUUCAGACCAUGGCAAACCCCCCUCCACCACCCUCGUGGUAUGACCCCACUCAUUGGGGUAACUUUGGAGGAUCUAGCUCCGGGGGUGGAGGGUAGGAUGGCGGAGAUGGCGGGGACACAUACAUGGGAGAUGACAGGCAGGGGAGAGGCUUCGAGGCAGCUACUACGGCAGGCACUAGGGACAGUGCUUGGCCUAAGUGUGGGGGGAGACUCUUAUGGCACUCAUUUCAUCUCCUUGGAGGAAAAGAAGAGUCAAGAAGAAGAGGAAGAAGAAGAGAGGAUGAGAAGAGAAGAUGAGCACUAGAAGGCCAUAAAACCCAAGAUAUUAUUUGUAAAUUGAACUUAAAACUCAUAUUUUAUCCUUGGUGGUCUUUGUGCUUUUAUCUUGUAAAAUUGUUGAAACUUUGGAAAACUUAAACACUUGUGAACAUUUGACUUUACUCGAGGACGAGUAAAGAAACUAAGUGUGCGGGAGUUGAUACGCUUGUAAUUUCCAUUUGUAUGUUUGUGUUUUUAAUUAGUUUUGAUUGAUUUUUACUUUGGAAAUUACACACUUUUGGUGUAAUAGUUUAGUUUGUUAAAUUCUUGUAAAUUGUUUAGAUUAGGUUUAUUCUGAGCUCAAACAGGUCUUGAUCAACUCAAAGGAAAGUUGGUGAAACCCAAAAGUGGAAGGAAGGUGCAAAAAAUCAAAAGAAAGAAGAUCCUGAUUUUUUGGUCUAUACCCGGUCGAGUAUGACCUAUACUCGAUCGAGUAUCUUGUUGAAAUCUCAAAUCGGAUCAGAUCCGAAGACAAAGGAUCAUGCAGAGAAGAUUCGGACCACGAUCGAAUGUCCAUACCCGAUCGGGUACACCGACACACUCGAUCGGGUAUCUCUUCAAAUACAAACCCGAACUCGGUCGAGUAUGCCCCGGAUAUGAAGUUAUAAGCAUACUCGACCGGGUACAAAGG